AUGUCUCUCCUCGACGAUCCCAUCGCUGCCGAUGAUUUGAUGCAAGACAGGUCUCGCGUCUUUGAGGAGUUCCUCGACGCCGAGACCCCUGUAUACAACUACCGCGACGACAUCGCUCGCAUGCUCCGCAAUGACGAGCGGCGGCUCAUCGUCAAUAUUGACGACCUCCGCGACUAUCGACGCGACUUCGCAGACGGGCUGCUCAAGCAACCGGUCGACUACCUCCCCGCCCUCGAAGACGCGCUCAUCAAGGUCGUCGAACGCGUGCACGACCGCGAAAAGCACGAGAUCGAGGGCAAGAGCUACCGCGUCGGGUUCAGCGGCUCCUUCGGCGACCACCACGUCAGCCCCCGCCAUCUCCGCGCAUUCCAGCUGGGCAAGAUGAUCUCCCUCGAGGGCAUCGUCACGCGCUGCUCGCUCGUGCGCCCGAAGAUGCUCAAGUCCGUCCACUUCUGCGCCGACACCGGCCUCUUCCACGCGCGCGAGUACCGGGACGCGACGACGACGACGUCCAACCUCCCCCCGACGUCGUCGGUCACGCCGCAGCAGGACGACGAGGGCCACCCGCUGCAGAUGGAGUACGGCUUCUGCGAGUUCCGGGACCACCAGCGGAUCAGCAUACAGGAGAUGCCGGAGCGCUCUCCCGCAGGGCAGCUUCCGCGCGCGACGGACGUGAUCCUCGACGGGGACCUCGUGGACAAGUGCAAGCCCGGAGACCGCAUACAGCUGGUGGGCGUGUAUCGCAGCGUCGGAGGCGGUGCGAACGGAACGUUCAAGUCACUUAUUCUCGCCAACAACAUCAACCUGCUUUCAUCCAAAGUCGGCGGCGGCAUUGCCCAAACGCCUCUCACGGACUACGACAUCCGGCAGAUCAACCAGUUGUCGAAGAAGGCGGGAAUCUUCAAGCUUCUCUCACAGAGCCUCGCCCCGUCAAUCUACGGCCAUGACAAGAUCAAAGAGGCGAUUCUCCUUCUCCUGCUAGGGGGUGCCGAAAAGAAUCUUCCGAACGGCACGCACAUUCGUGGCGACAUCAACAUUCUCAUGGUCGGCGACCCGUCGACGGCUAAGUCGCAAAUGCUUCGGUUCGUGCUCGGUACGGCCCCGCUCGCGAUCGCGACGACAGGUCGUGGCUCGUCCGGGGUCGGUCUCACGGCGGCGGUGACGACGGACAAAGAUACCGGAGAGAGGAGACUCGAAGCUGGCGCCAUGGUCCUCGCUGACCGAGGCGUGGUCUGCAUCGACGAGUUCGACAAAAUGUCGGACAUCGACCGCGUCGCGAUUCAUGAGGUCAUGGAACAGCAAACGGUGACUAUCGCCAAAGCCGGCAUCCACACCACCCUCAACGCACGGUGUAGUGUCGUCGCGGCGGCGAACCCGAUUUACGGGCAGUAUGACGUGCACAAGGACCCGCACAAGAACAUCGCGCUACCGGACUCCCUUCUCUCCCGUUUCGAUCUGCUCUUCGUAGUCACCGAUGACGUCGACGAGAACCGAGACCGCCAGAUCGCGGACCACGUUCUCCGCAUGCACCGAUACCUGCCUCCAGGCGUCGAGGAGGGCACCCCGGUCGUGGACAGCCUGUCGCAGCAGCUGUUCGUCGACGGGCCGGGUGUUGCGGGCGAAGAUGCCGAUGGCGGGGAUGCGGAUCCCUGGGAGAAGUACGACCCGCUUCUGCACGUCGGGAUCGCUCCCGCCCUCUCCAGCACGCGGCGGGGGGGCAAGCUGAAGAAGCCCGAGAUUCUCAGCAUCACCUUCGUGAAAACGUAUAUACAGUAUGCGAAGAGCAAGCCAGCCCCGAAGCUCACCCAGGGUGCCGCGAACCACAUCGUCAAUGUGUACGCAACGCUCCGGAACGAGGACCUCGACGGCACGCGGAAGAAGCGGACAUCCCCUCUCACGGCACGUACGCUGGAGACUUUGAUCCGUCUCGCCACCGCACAUGCGAAGGCUCGUCUGUCAACGGAGGUAAGGACGCAGGAUGCGAAGGUUGCUGAGGAAAUUCUACGGUAUGCACUGUUCAAGGAGGUGCUCAGGCGCCAGCGCCGGAAGAAGCGCAAGCUGAACAACGGCGCUGGCAACGUUGUUGAUGACGAGGAGGACGAUGAGGGUGAAGAGAGCGAUAGCGAAGACGAAGAGGAGGAAGCACCGCAGAGGAUGGAGAUGCCCAAGGCUAAGGCCAAGUCCCCUACGCCCGCAAAGCCCUCCCCUGUACCGGAGUCGCAGGACGAUGACGUCCAAAUGGGAGACGCGGACGCGGGCGGUCUAGUGAAUGGUGGCAUUCGCCCGGACAGGCUGAAGCUGUUCAGGACACGCCUUGCCAACCUGUUCGCGACGAAGCUCGUCGACGAGGAUCAGAUGUAUCUCAAUACGCUUGUUGAGAUGAUCAAUGAGGGUCUGUCGAACGACCAGCUGUUUGGCACGGCAGAGGCGACUGCUGCAUGUGGGAUCAUGACAGACGCGAACGAGGUCAUGCUCAGCGACGGAGUCGUCUACAAAAUCUAG